AGUGCUUGUGGCACUUGUUUGUUUUCUUAUAGACGCAGCACAAGUCUUACUUAUUUGGCGGCGGGUAUCCUGCGUCAGCCUCAGCGAGCACUUUACGGUGUGCUCCUACCUACGCGUGUGCGCCAACCGUUGAUAAGAACAUUGUUAAGUAAGCCCUGAUUUGAAGGGCUAGGACAGUGAUAAGAACCCUUAACGCUCGCGGUGGCUCUGGAGUACCCAUCAUGCUGAGCGCCGGGACUUCAAAGGGUUGCUGCGUGCAGCGUAGCUGCAAUGGCGCUAAGCUUGCCCCGCAGCUCAAGCCCGUUAUCAGCCGCUUUGCAGCUCCUCUUCGCGGACCCAGCCCAGCUCACGCCGGUGAGGCGAGCGGCAGUCCCAUCGUCAGCGGCCCCAUCGCCGUGAACCCAUCCAUGUCCCCCGCGCUGGACCCCGUUGCCGCCGCCUCCGCGCCCGACCCAAAGUCCUCCAAGGCCGUUGACCGCAGCAAGGGCCUGUGGACCCGCUGCGACAAGUGCGGCACCAUCCUCUACAUCAAGCACCUCAAGGAGCACCACCACAUCUGCUUCGGCUGCAACUACCACCUCAAGAUGUCCUCCCAGGAGCGCAUCAACCACCUGGUGGAUGCCGGCACCUGGCGCCCGCUGGACGAGACGCUCUCCCCCGUUGACCCCCUGGACUUCACCGACCUGAAGCUCUACACCGACCGCAUCAAGGAGGCGCAGGAGAAGACCGGCCUGCAGGAUGCCGUACGCACCGGUACGGGUCUCCUCCACGGCAUCCCGGUUGCGCUGGGCGUCAUGGAUUUCUCCUACAUGGGCGGCUCCAUGGGGUCCGUGGUGGGUGAGAAGCUCACGCGGUUGAUCGAGUACGCCACGCAAGAGGGCAUGCCGGUGAUCAUCGUGUGCACCAGCGGCGGCGCGCGCAUGCAGGAGGGCAUCUUCUCGCUCAUGCAGAUGGCCAAGAUCAGCGCCGCGCUGCAUGUGCACCAGAACUGCGCCAACCUGCUGUACAUCGCCAUCCUGACGUCGCCCACCACGGGAGGCGUUACGGCGUCGUUCGGCAUGCUGGGUGACGUCAUCAUUGCGGAGCCGCAGGCCAUCAUUGGCUUCGCGGGUCGCCGUGUGAUUGAGCAGACGCUGCAGGAGCAGCUGCCGGACGAUUUCCAGACCGCCGAGUACCUGCUGGAGCACGGCCUGCUGGACCUGGUUGUCCCCCGCUCCUUCCUCAAGGGCGCGCUGUACGAGAUCAUUGACUUUUACCGCGCGGCUCCCUUCAAGCGGCGCGGCAGCAUCCCCUUUGGCGUGCAGCACGGCACCUUCCUGACCACGGAGGAGAAGGUGCGGCGGCGCUGGGCGCAGUGGAGCCGGUCGGGGCUGCCGGCGGGCGGCAGCAACGGCAGCAGCGGGCAGCUGGCGGUGGCGUCGGAUGCGGGGGCGGUGUCGUACCGGGAGCUGGUCAGCAGCUUCAGGACGCUUGUGGAGGGCGGCGGCAGCAACGGCUCCUCCUCCGCCCCGCUGGAGCUGCAGGAGCUGCUGGGCGACCCCGAGGCGCUGCCUGCCGCUCUGGAGCUGGCGGCGCAGAGCAAGCUGGAGUGGAUGCAGCGCACGCAGCAGCUGCUGGCGGGGGGGCAGGCGGAGGAGGCGGCGCAGGGGCAGGGGCAGCAGUACGUGUUUCGCAUGCAGUAGAGGGGAGGGGAGGAAGGAGGGGAAAAUUGAGAAGAGGAGAUACCAUGGUUUGUAGCGGGAAGGGGAGGAUGGUUAAAAAGGCGGGCAAGGGUGACUGGGUAAGGGUUUAGGCCUGGGUUGCUGGGGCUGCAAUUGGCUUAAGGGGUGGCUUGAGGAGGGGUGAGGAGCUGGAGGCCGUGAUUUGGGUAAAAGAUGCGGCCGGGGUAGGCAUACGAUC